AUGGCUGCAGAUACAGUAUCAAAUAUCACCAACAAGGUGAAGCAUGCGCCGUCCGUCGUAUCUUUUCUCACCAUCGGUCUAUUGCAAGGCAUUACCGUAUCCAUUCUUCAGGGAAUCCUCGUCAUCAAUUGGAAUGACUACCUCAAGCCAACUGUGCUGCAAGUCCCAAGAGGAUACACAAUCCCAGCCAACUUGGCCAUUUUCAUAUUUGGCUUUCUCUUCCAGCUCAUUUUCAUGAUCGAUGCCAUUCGCCUCAAGAGCACAGCCCAGGCCAUGCUUGCCUGUUUGCUCAACGCCGGCUUCCUGCCUCUGGCUGUUUAUCAACGCAAGCAGAUGAGAGAGAGUAUCGAUUCCCUGUCAGGCUCCACUGAUGCCAAUGGUGACUCUUUGGUUCACCUGGACAAGCCCAUCUGGGAAGACGUUGGCGGUAUUUUGCUUGCCAUGCCUUUUGUUGUGGGAAUUUGCACCAUCUUUCUCGUCAUUAGUGUUUGGUACCUAAAACAAUAUUUCGACUGGCAAGCAUAUCGUAAUGUGGGUGCGGAUGCAAAGUUGAGAAGAAUUCGAAAUAUUCACUUAAUCUUUGUCAUGUUUGCCAAGGUGGUCAUUUACUUCAUCAUCUGCUUCGAGGUCUUGUACGGUGUCACCCAACUUCGAGGCAUGGGAAUCGAAUUCAUCGUUCGCAUGGUUCUUCUCGGAGUCGCUGUUGUCAUCACCACUCUAUCAAUAGUAUUCAGCAAGACUGAAAACCGUAUAGGCAUGAUUGUGUCAAUCAUCAUCUUCCUUGUCAGCAUAGCCUACUUCAUCUUCAACAUUGUCCGGAUACAGACCGAAUGGGGGAUGUUCGGAGCGACGGGCGAUAUCUUGACCUGCUAUGCUUUCAUGUCCGCCGUGUUCCUGCUGGCGACUGCUAUCUUUGGCAUGCUAUGCUUGAGGAAUUUCUACGGAGGCUUGAAGGAAUAUUUGGAAAAGCACGAAGAAAAGGGCCAGAGGGCUCCGUCAGUCAAGAACUUUGAACUUGAUGCUAGAAAUAGUUUCAGUUAUCAGAGUGUGAGAAGUAUUCGUGAUUUGGAUAGUUAA